AUGGCUUUACCAAGCAGAGAAAAAAGGUCCAUUGGGAUCAUUGGAAUGGGCGACAUGGGCAAGAUGUAUGCCCAGCGUCUAAGUGAAGCAGGCUGGAGAAUAAACGCUUGUGAUAAGCCGACCAGCUAUGAUAAACUGAGAGCGGAGUUUGCAAAUGAUACCAAUAUCAAUAUACUUCCCAACGGGCACCUCGUUUCCCGAAUAAGCGACUAUAUUGUCUACAGCGUAGAGGCGAAGUUCAUUGCAUCCGUUGUUGAAGAAUAUGGACCAUCUACGAAAGUUGGGGCAAUAGUAGGAGGCCAGACCUCUUGCAAGGCCCCUGAACUUGAAGCCUUUGAAAAGUAUCUGCCCAGUGACGUGGAGAUAAUAUCAUGUCACUCACUCCAUGGGCCAAAUGUCAACCCCAAGGGUCAGCCAUUGGUCUUAAUCCAACAUAGAGCAUCAAACGAAAGCUUGAAGUUUGUUGAAGAUAUCUUCAAGUCCUUCCAAUCAACGUACGUCUAUCUCAGCGGAGAAAUGCAUGAUCGGAUCACCGCAGAUACCCAAGCAGUCACCCAUGCUGCGUUUCUAAGCAUGGGAACAGCAUGGCACGCAAACAGCCAAUUCCCGUGGGAAGUCCCCCGUUAUGUUGGUGGAAUUGAGAAUGUUAAAAUCAACAUCACGCUGAGAAUAUACGCAAAUAAAUGGCACGUCUAUGCUGGCCUUGCUAUUCUCAACCCUGCCGCAAAAAAGCAGAUCAGGCAAUAUGCGGAAUCCGUGACGGAGUUGUAUAAACUGAUGUUAGGCGGACAUCGCGAAGAGUUGACAAAGCGAAUCAAAACUGCUAGAGCGGCCGUAUUUAAGAGCAAGUCAGCGAGGCAAGAUCUAUUGCUUCAGGACAGUGUCCUUGAUAGAUUUUCGUUAUCAAAGAGAGGCACAGAAAGAAUGCCAAAUAAUCAUUUGAGCUUGCUUGCCAUUGUUGAUUGCUGGUGGAAACUAGGGAUAGUCCCUUAUGACCAUAUGAUUUGCUCAACUCCCCUUUUCCGUCUCUGGCUGGGAGUCACAGAGUACUUGUUUCAGAAUGAAGAGCUCCUGGACGAAGUGAUUGAUACCGCGAUAGAAGACAAUACAUUCCGCUCUGAUGACCUUGAAUUUACCUUCGCAGCACGAGCGUGGUCAGAUUGCGUAUCAUUUGGAGACUUCGAGUCAUACCGUGACAGAUUCGAGAAGAUACAAUCUUACUUUGCUCCACGGUUCCCCGAAGCUGUCCGCAUUGGCAAUGAGAUGAUGAAGACCAUUUUGGAAAAGACGUCAAAACCAUCCUGA